GGGCUGCGCGGCGGCGGGAGCGGCCAUGUUGCGCGGCGCCACAGUGGUGCUGCGGCGGGCGUUGAGCGGCGGGCAGGGCCCGGAACCGGGGCAGGGCCCGGUCUCGGUGCGGCUGGAGCCGUCGCUGCUGCGUUUCCUGGUGUGCCCGCUGUCCAAGCGGCCGCUGAGGUAUGACGAAGCUACCAACGAGCUCAUUAACGAGGAGCUGGGCAUUGCCUACCCCAUCAUCGACGGCAUCCCGAACAUGAUCCCAGAGGCUGCCAGGACGACUCAGAAGAAGCCCCCAGCUGAGGGCUCGAAGCAGCCCUGA